AUGGUAUCAAACUCUUCUGAAUGGAUAUCUUCUGGUUGUGGAAAAUUCUGUACAUACAAAACCUCACUCGAGAAGUCUGUCCAUGAUCACCGUAAAUAUCGCCUCAUCAGACUUGAGAACCAACUAGAGGUUCUUUUGGUCAGCGAUCCGGACACAAAUGUCUCUAGUGCUGCUCUUGAUGUACAUGUUGGUCAUCUCAGUGAUCCAGAUGACUUUCAAGGACUGGCCCACUUUUGUGAACAUUUAUUAUUUAUGGGUACAAAGAAGUAUCCCAGAGAUAAUGAAUACAGAAAAUAUCUUGCAGACCACUCAGGUCAAUCAAAUGCGUUCACUGGUACAGAAAAUACACAAUAUUAUUUUGAAAUUGAUCAAAAGUAUCUUGAGGGUGCUUUGGAUCGCUUUUCGCAGUUCUUUGUCAGUCCUUUAUUUUCAGAAACAUGUGCCGAAAGGGAAUUAAACAUCAUCAACUCUGAACAUGACGAUAAUAAGCAAAAUGAUCACUGGAGAAAAUUUCAACUUGAGAAAUCACUGGGAAAUCCAAGCCAUCCCUUUUGUCACUUUGGUACAGGAAACCAUGAAACCCUGUGUGACGAUCUGAAAAGAAGUAUCACAGAUAUUCGCAGCGAAUUGAUAAAUUUCUAUAAGUCAUAUUAUUCUGCCAAUAUUAUGAAGUUAUGUAUCCUUGGGAAAGAUUCAUUGGAUUGUUUAACAGAGUUGGCAGUCGAUAAAUUCAAAGAAGUACCAAACAAGAAUAUCAGUCCACCUCAGUUUCCUGAUUCUCCGUUGACAAGCAAUGAACUCUUGAAGCAGAUAUUUAUCAAACCAAUCAAAAAUAUUCGCAAUAUUGAUAUUGUAUUUCCUUUUCCUGAUCAAUACCCGCUUUAUGCUCAUCAGCCAGAAAACUACAUAUCUCGUCUCAUUGGCCACGAAGGAAAGGGGUCGUUAUUCUCAUUAUUUAAAAACAAUGGGUGGGCCGAAUCACUUGAGGUAUCUGCCAAACAUGGUGGCAUUGGCUUUGGGUUCUAUUCAAUUAGUGUGGACCUUACAGAAAAGGGUCAAAGUUGUUAUAAAGAUAUUGUGGUCGCAGUAUUCCAGUACAUAAAGCUUAUCAAAGAAAUCGGGGUACAGGAAUCUUUUUUUACCGAAUUCCAGUCCUUGUCAAGACUUGAAUUUGAGUUUGGUAAUAAUGAGUUUGGAGAAUCUGCCUAUGUUUCUGAUCUGGCUGGACUUAUGCAACGUAAUUACCAUCCAAAUCGUAUUAUAAACGGCAGCCAUAUUAUUCAAGAGUACAAUCCAACAGUAAUUCAAGAUAAUCUCAACUGGCUGCGGACUGACAACUUUAGGCUCUUGUUAACAAGUCAAGAGCAUGAUGUGGAGUGUACCUUACGUGAGAAAUGGUAUGGUACAGAAUACCAAGUACUUGAAUUCGAUACCAGCUUUAAAAAGAAAUUGAGUCAUUUAACCCUCCACCCAGAACUUCAUUUGCCUCUCCCGAAUAUCUUUAUCCCACUAGACUAUCAAGUUCACAGACUUGAUAUUAAAAAUAUAAAAAAGAAACCCGACUUAAUCAUUGAAAACCCAAAGCUAAAACUGUGGCAUAAAAAAGACGACACAUUUUGGAUCCCAAAGGCAAAUGUAUGGGUCUUUUUCAAAAGCAAAUUUUCUGGUGAUACUGCAGCCAACAGUGUCAGAACAAUGCAAACUGCGGGUUUGAUAUUCUCACUCAAAGGAGGGACUCACGGACUAGAGCUUAUAAUCGAUGGAUUCAACGACAAAUUACCGUUUUUGUUUGAGAUGAUCAUCCGGAAUUUGCUUGAUUUUAAAGUUGACCCAAAGGCAUUUAUUUCACUCAGAGAAAAGUUGGUUAGAUCUUUUGAGAAUUUUGAAAUGGAACAACCUCUCAGAAUCGCCAAUCAUUACUUGGACUACCUGGCUGGGGAUGACAGAUGGACUGACACAGAGAGACUUUAUGAAUUGAGAAACACAACUGUCGAGGAUAUAGAAUUAUUCUAUUCAAGUUUCUUGUCCGAACUGCACAUCGAGGCUUUAGUCAACGGAAACAUCUCAAAGGAAAAGGCUAUUUAUUUGUUUACUUUUGCAACAGAUCUAUUAAACUAUCGUCCGUUAUCUAAAGCCAAACUUUGCCAGUCAAAUAUUUCACGUAGUGUGAUAUUUCCAAAAGGUACCAAAUGGCUUUAUCAGAAACAGGUAUCAGAUCCAGAAAUUGUCGAUUCUGGUGUGCUGUAUAUGAUUCAGAUUGGAAAUGAAGACAACAAGUGGGAACGAGCCAGAUUGAAUUUAGUAGCUCAUAUAUCCAGAGAACCUUUUUUUAAUCAAUUGCGAACCAAAGAACAUCUAGGCUAUACUGUGUUUAGUGGAAUGAACAUUCAAGCAGGUCACACUAGCUAUCGACUGAUGGUACAAAGUAAUAAUCACACGCUUUAUGUGGAAAGAAGAAUCGAAGAGUUUCUGAAAAACCUCGGGGGAAUUGUGGAGGCAAUGUCUGACACUGAGUACAUGGCACAGAUACAGUCAUUGGUUCACAAAAAACUGGGGAAGAUGAAGAGUAUUGGCCAGGAGGGUGACAAGUACUGGUCUCAUAUUCGCUCAGGUUAUUACAAUUUUGAGCAAGAUGAAGAGGACGCCGAUGAAUUAAAAAAGGUUACCAAAGAAUCGUUGGUUAAUUUUAUCAAACGUUACAUUGAACCGGAAUCAGCACACAUCCGUAGACUAUCGGUACACAUUCAAUCCCACAACAGGAGCUCUUUUCCUUCAUGGUUGUUGGACCCCGGACUACGGAAACAAUGUGUGAAUCGGAUACAAGAACAUCUGGGGCCCAAAGAAAUAAGACUUGCCGGGUUGCAUGAACUCAAAGAUACGAUCAUUAGAAUGAUGGGUAGUACACCGUUGGUUGCCGAUACACUCCUGUCUGUAGUACUCGAGAGUCUUGGCAAUAACGACGGCUCAGAGGAAUUGAAUUUUACUGCUAUUAAUACCAGCACUGACACAGUCAAAUUAAUUACCCAUGUAAUGUCAGAGCUGGAGAAUAUCGAGAGAAAGAGACAGAGAGAAAAAACAAGAGAUGAUACUAAUGAUUAUGAUUAUGGUUACGAUGUUUAUGCUGAGGAUAAUGCUAAUUAUAAUGAUCUGGUAAUAACUAGCACGAGGAGAAUUUUUGAUCUGAUAAUCUUUAGAAAUAGCAUGAAGCUCAGCCCUGCUCCUUUACCGAUUGAGUUUUAA